ACAUUCACUUUCUUUAUACCACCGACCUAGCUUUGUGUCAAGAGUCGUACUAGGCUACUAGCAUAUACAACUCUGCAUUCUCUCAACUUUAUUGGCUUAAUAAAUUAUUCAGAAGUGACAAUACCUUUGAAGUUCGUGUAAUCAUAUUAGUUUCCAUUAAAUUAGUUUUCUAUAUAUAUGGUGAUUAUCUUUUUAGUUAGAAAGAACAAGAUUCACAAACAACAUAAUAACGUGCUAUGGAAGACGCUGUAAAUGAAGUUCCUUCACUGAAUCACAAUUCAGAAGAUGAUGGAUCCAAAGGAAAAGCUCUUGAAGAAAAGGUAAAAGACAAAGACACCAAUGGUGGUGGUGGUGGUGGAGGUGUUAUUAACAACUUUAUCUCUACUUUUAUGACUCCUUUGAGUCCAAGAAUCGAGAAACUUACUACUCCUCCUCAAGAUGGAAGUGAGAAUAAGGUGUUUGAGAAAGAGGUUGAUGAGAAUGGUGGUGGAAGAAAAGGGGUUAUCAGCAACCUUGUUUCGAAUAUCUUUCAUAGAAGUGAAAAAAAUGAAGAAGGUAUGGUGGAAAAGGAAGAUGAAGAAAUCAAAGUUGAUGAGAAGGUUAAAAGAUUGAAGACAGAGAAUGAGGCUAAUAAUGGUGGCGGUGAGAGUGGCGGUGGAGGAGGUUUUAUUCAUGACAUUGUUUCUCAUUUGCCUACUUCAAUCCCAGAUGAUGCGGGUCCAACAGCAGAUGAGGCUGCUAUUUUGAUUAACUCUCUUGUUCGUGACUAAGCACAUUGAGAUCAAUUCCUUUGAGAUCAUAAUGGGAUUCUUUAGCAAUGUAUCAUGUAUUUUUUUCUUUAUAAUUCUAGUCAUUUGUAUAGUUGUUUAUUAUUUUUUGGGUAAACUUUUGUAUUUUGACUCAGUUUGGACACUUCAUAUUAUGUCUGCAAUAUUCAUUCAACAUUAGUAAUCUUUUGUUUAAA